AUGAAUCAAUAUCCUAUUAACAAAGAUUCAUAUCCACCUUCAAUCGAGUCAAUUCGUAUUGUUAAUGAAUUUUUACCGGCUUCUCUACCACCUUCACGUAAAAUAAUCAUUGAACGACAAAAUCGUCAAUUUUCACCAUUAUCUGAUUCAGCAUCACGUUCAAUAAAAUAUUUCCCUAGUCAAGCAGCAUCUCCAUCUUCACAUCAUCCAAAUAUUGGUUCAGUAACUCCAACAUAA